GGGAGGGGGAGCAUGCCCGGCUGGAGCCGGGCCUCGGGGCGCGCCCCGGCCGCCGUCCCCACCUCCGCCUCCUCCUUCUCCUCCUCCGUCUCCUCCUCCUCCUCCUCUUCCAGUCCCGCCGCCGCCGCAGCCAACAUGGCUGCGCUACUGAGCCCGGGAGGCGGCCGCUGCUGAGCGCCGCUCGCCGCCCGGGCCCCCAGCCCGCCCAGGCCCCGGCCCAUGGCCCCCGCGGCCUCGCGGGCCCCGGCGCUCUAGGGCUGCCGCCACCGCUCCUCGCCCCGAGGCGCCCGGGGCUCGUCGCCACCCGCCUGCCCGCCCGCCCGCCUGCGCGCCCGCCGGCCUCCGGGAGUCCGGUAGCCGUCCGGCGGGGCGGGGCGGGGCGGCCGCCACCAUGGAGCCCCAGCGCCGGGAGCUGCUCGCCCAGUGUCAGCAGAGCCUGGCCCAGGCCAUGACAGAGGUGGAAGCGGUGCUCGGGCUGCUCGAGGCCGCAGGAGCGCUGAGCCCCGGCGAGCGGCGGCAGCUGGACGAGGAGGCGGGAGGCGCCAAGGCGGAGCUGCUGCUCAAGCUGCUCCUGGCCAAGGAGCGGGACCACUUCCAGGACCUGCGGGCGGCGCUGGAGAAGACGCAGCCUCACCUGCUGUCCAUUCUCUACCUGAACGGCGUCGUCGGGCCGCCGCAGCCCGCCGAGGGCGCCGGCUCCACCUACAGUGUCUUGUCCAUCAUGCCCUCAGACUCAGAGAGCAGCAGCUCCCUCAGCAGUGUGGGCACCACCGGGAAGGCGCCGUCCCCACCGCCGCUGCUCACUGACCGGCAAGUGAAUGAGAAGGUCGAGAACCUCUCCAUUCAGCUGCGGCUGAUGACCCGGGAGAGGAACGAGCUGCGGAAGCGCCUGGCCUUCGCCACCCACGGGACCACCUUCGACAAGAGGCCCUACCACAGGCUGAAUCCGGACUACGAGAGGCUGAAGAUCCAGUGUGUCCGGGCCAUGUCAGACCUGCAGAGCCUGCAGAACCAGCACACCAACGCCCUGAAGAGGUGCGAGGAGGUGGCCAAGGAGACCGACUUCUACCACACGCUCCACAGCCGGCUCCUGAGCGACCAGACCCAGCUGAAGGAUGAUGUGGACAUGCUGAGACGGGAGAACGGACAGCUGCUACGGGAACGUAACCUGCUCCAGCAGUCGUGGGAGGACAUGAAGCGGCUCCACGAGGAGGACCAGAAGGAGAUCGGUGACCUUCGGGCCCAGCAGCAGCAGGUGUUGAAGCACAACGGGUCAUCAGAAAUUCUCAACAAGCUGUACGACACGGCCAUGGACAAGCUGGAGGUGGUUAAGAAGGACUAUGAUGCCCUGCGGAAGAGGUAUAGCGAGAAAGUCGCCAUCCACAACUCGGACCUGAGCCGCCUGGAGCAGCUAGAGGAGGAGAACCAGCGCCUUCUGAAGCAGACGGAGAUGCUGACCCAGCAGAGGGACACAGCCAUCCAGCUGCAGCACCAGUGUGCCCUCUCCUUGAGGAGGUUUGAGGCCAUCCACCACGAGCUGAACAAGGCCACGGCCCAGAACAAGGACCUGCAGUGGGAGAUGGAGCUGCUGCAGUCGGAGCUGACGGAGUUGAGGACCACACAGGCGAAAACCGCCAAGGAGUCAGAGAAGUACAAGGAGGAGCGGGAUGCGGUGUACAGCGAGUACAAGCUCAUCAUGAGCGAGCGCGACCAGGUCAUCUCCGAGCUGGACAAGCUGCAGACCGAGGUGGAGCUGGCCGAGUCCAAGCUCAAGAGCAGCACGUCUGAGAAGAAGGCGGCCAGCGAGGAGAUGGAGGCCCUGCGACAGAUCAAAGACACGGUGACAAUGGAUGCGGGGAGAGCCAAUAAGGAGGCUGAAAUCCUUCGAAAGCAGUGCAAGGCUCUGUGCCAGGAGCUGAAGGAAGCCCUCCAGGAGGCGGAUGUGGCCAAGUGCCGGCGGGACUGGGCCUUCCAGGAGCGGGACAAGAUCGUGGCGGAGCGGGACAGCAUCCGGACGCUCUGUGACAACCUGAGGCGGGAGCGGGACCGGGCGGUGAGCGAACUGGCUGAGGCCCUGCGCAGCCUGGAUGACACUCGCAAACAGAAGAACGAUGUCAGCCGGGAGCUGAAGGAGCUCAAGGAACAGAUGGAAUCCCAGUUGGAAAAGGAGGCCCGGUUCCGGCAGCUGAUGGCCCACAGCUCCCACGACUCGGCCAUUGACACAGACUCCAUGGAGUGGGAAACAGAAGUGGUAGAGUUUGAAAGGGAGACGGAGGAUAUUGACUUGAAGGCACUUGGUUUCGAUAUGGCAGAGGGUGUGAAUGAACCUUGUUUGCCGGGGGACUGUGGCAUAUUCGUCACUAAAGUGGACAAAGGAAGCAUUGCUGAUGGCCGCUUACGGGUCAAUGACUGGCUGCUGAGAAUCAAUGACGUGGACCUCAUCAAUAAGGACAAGAAGCAGGCCAUCAAGGCGCUCCUCAACGGGGAGGGGGCCAUCAACAUGGUCGUGCGUCGGAGGAAGUCCCUGGGCGGGAAGGUGGUCACACCGCUGCACAUCAACCUGAGCGGGCAUAAAGACAGCGGCAUCAGCCUGGAGAAUGGAGUGUAUGCUGCCGCUGUGGUGCCCGGAAGCCCGGCUGCCAAAGAGGGGUCCCUCGCCGUGGGAGACAGGAUUGUGGCUAUCAAUGGCAUUGCACUGGACAACAAGUCUCUGAAUGAGUGUGAAUCUCUGCUGCGGAGCUGCCAGGACUCCCUGACCCUCUCCCUCCUGAAGGUGUUCCCUCAGAGCGCCUCGUGGAGCGGCCAGAACAUCUUUGAAAACAUCAAGGACUCUGAUAAGAUGCUGAGCUUCCGAGCCCAUGGCCCGGAGGUCCAGGCUCAGAAUAAACGGAAUUUGAUGCAGCACAACAACUCCACGCAGACGGACAUCUUCUACGCCGACAGGCUGGAGGACAGGAAGGAGUCGGGCCCCCCAGGAGGCAGCAGCUCCUUCCUGCACAAGCCGUUCCCUGGGGGAACCUUCCCCGUCUCCCCCCAGGCCUGUCCCAGCGCCUCCGAGCGUAGCCUGAGCUCCUUCCGCUCGGACGCCUCGGGGGAGCGUGGCUCUGGGCCGGUGGACGUGCGUAGCCGGCGGCCACUGCUGCCCUUCGAGACUGAGGUGGGCCCCUGUGGGGAGGCAGAGGCCCGCCUGGACAAGGCAGAGCCCGAGAAUGCCAACAGCGGCGGGACCUGGCCCAAGGCUGUGCUCAGCUCCACGGCAGGACCCGAGAAGCUCUCCGUUUACAAGAAGCCAAAGCAAAGAAAGUCGAUCUUUGACCCAAACACUUUCAAACGCCCCCAGACGCCCCCCAAAAUAGACUACCUGCUCCCAGGCCCUGGGCCUGCUUACUCCCCCCUGCCCUCCAAGAGGGUGGGACCUCUGACGCCCCCAAAACCUCCCAGGAGGGGUGACUCCAUUAAGUUCCAGCACAAACUGGAAACCAGUUCUGAGUCAGAGGCCACUCUAGUGGGCAGCUCCCCAUCCACCAGCCCCCCGAGCGCCCUGCCCCCCGACAUGGACCCCGGGGAGCCCAUGCACGCCUCGCCCCCUCGCAAGGCCAGGGUCCGCAUUGCUUCCAGCUACUACCCGGAAGGGGACGGGGAUUCCUCCUACCUGCCGGCCAAGAAGUCCUGUGACGAGGACCUCACCUCCCAGAAGAUGGACGAGCUGGGGCAGAAGCGCCGCCGGCCAAAGUCUGCUCCCAGCUUUCGGCCCAAGCUCGCUCCGGUAGUGAUCUCUGCUCAGUUCCUGGAGGAGCAGAAGAGCGUCCCAGCCAGUGGAGAACUCUCCCCAGAUCUCCAGGAGUGGUCCCCUUACUCACCAGGGCAUUCCAGCCGGCACAGCAACCCCCCCUUCUACUCCAGCAGGGCGUCUGUGGGUGGAGCAGGGCCAGAAGCUUGCAUAGAUCUGGGGCUGGCUGGAUGCUCUGGGGCCACUGUCUCACCCUGCCCAUUUGCAGGCACCGUUCCCCGCAGUAUGACCCCGAGCACCACUGUGAGCUCCGUCCUGAGGAACCCCAUCUACACCGUGCGCAGCCACAGGGUCGGGCCUUGCAGCUCUCCGCCUGUCCCCAGAGAGGCUGGCCCCCAGGGUUUGCAUCCCAGUGUCCAGCACCAGGGCCGCCUGAGCCUGGAUCUGAGCCCCAGGGCCUGCAGCGACUGCUCUGAGAUGAGAGCCUCCCACGGGUGCAACUCCCUGCCCUCCAGCGCCCGCCUCGGGUCUUCGAGCAACUUGCAGUUUAAGGCAGAACGCAUUAAAAUCCCAUCAACGCCAAGAUAUCCGCGGUCUGUCGUGGGCUCUGACAGAGGCUCGCUGUCCCACUCGGAGUGCAGCACUCCCCCGCAGUCUCCUCUGAAUGUCGAAGGCCUGUCCUCCUGUAGCCCAUCCCAGACCUCAGCCGCCACAUUGCCCAGGAUUGCCGUCAACCCCGCGGCCCUCGGGGAGCACAGAAAGGACAGCACACCUGUCUGUGUAAACUGGAGAACGUGUAAACUGGAGAACGGAGUGCCCUACGUGGAGGAGCCACGCCACGUGAAGCUGCAGAAGGGCUCGGAGCCGCUGGGCAUCUCCAUCGUGAGUGGGGAGAAGGGCGGUGUCUACGUCUCCAAGGUGACCGGGGGGAGCAUCGCUCACCAGGCCGGCCUUGAGUACGGGGACCAGUUACUUGAGUUCAAUGGCAUAAACCUGCGGAGCGCCACGGAGCAGCAGGCCCGGCUCAUCAUCGGGCAGCAGUGCGACACCAUCACCAUCCUGGCCCAGUACAACCCACACAUGCACCAGCUGAGCGGCCACUCCCGGUCCAGCUCCCACCUGGACCCUGUCAGUCCCCACUCCACUCUCCAGGGCAGCGGUGCCACCACCCCGGAGCAUCCCUCUGUCAUUGACCCACUGAUGGAGCAGGACGAGGGCCCUGGCACCCCCCCGGCCAAGCAGAGCACCCCCAGCUCCAGGAUGGUGGGAGAUGCCACCAAGAAGACCCCAGAACCACGCGUUGUCUUCAUCAAGAAGUCCCAGCUGGAGCUUGGCGUGCACUUAUGUGGUGGGAACCUGCAUGGGGUGUUCGUGGCCGAGGUGGAGGACGACAGCCCUGCCAAGGGCCCCGACGGCCUCGUGCCUGGGGACCUCGUCCUCGAGUACGGGGGUCUGGAUGUGCGCAACAAGACGGUGGAGGAGGUCUAUGUGGAGAUGCUGAAGCCCAAGGACAGCGUCCGCCUGAAGGUGCAGUACCGCCCUGAGGAGUUCACCAAGGUCAAGGGCCUGCCCGGCGACAGCUUCUAUAUCAGGGCCCUCUAUGAGCGGCUGGCAGAGGUGGAGCGUGAGCUGAGCUUUAAGAAAGAUGACAUCCUCUACGUGGAUGACACCUUGCCCCAGGGCUCCUUUGGGUCCUGGAUGGCCUGGCAGCUGGACGAGAAUGCCCAGAAGAUCCAGCGCGGGCAGAUCCCCAGCAAAUACGUGAUGGACCAGGAAUUCUCCCGGAGGCUCAGCAUGUCCGAAGUCAAGGAUGACAACAACACCGCAAAGACGCUCUCGGCGGCUGCACGCAGAUCCUUCUUUCGAAGGAAACAUAAGCAUAAACGCAGCGGGUCCAAAGAUGGGAAAGACCUCCUUGCCUUGGACACCUUUUCCAACGACUCCAUUCCACUCUUUGAAGAUUCGGUGAGCCUUGCCUAUCAGCGGGUCCAGAAGGUGGACUGCACCUCCCUGAGGCCCGUCUUGAUCCUGGGGCCCUUACUGGAUGUGGUGAAGGAAAUGCUCGUGAACGAGGUGCCCGGCAAGUUCUGCAGAUGCCCCCUUGAGGUGAUGAAGGCCUCCCAGCAGGCCAUCGAGCGGGGUGUCAAAGACUGCCUGUUUGUCGACUAUAAGCGGAGGAGUGGCCACUUUGAUGUGACCACAGUGGCUUCCAUAAAGGAGAUCACAGAAAAGAACCGGCACUGUCUCCUGGACGUCGCCCCCCACGCCAUUGAGCGGCUGCACCACAUGCACAUCUACCCCAUCGUCAUCUUCAUCCACUACAAGAGCGCCAAACACAUCAAGGAGCAGAGAGACCCCAUCUACCUGAAGGACAAGGUGACUCAGAGGCAUUCCAAAGAGCAGUUUGAGACGGCUCAGAAGAUUGAACAGGAGUACAGCAGGUACUUCACAGGUACACGCGUUCUGGCUCAGACAACUAGGACCCCCUGCAGGCUGUCGAGGGGUCUCACUGGCGCCCUGCGGGGGGGCUGCUCUGGGCUGCGGGGGUGGGACGGUGAUGGUACAGUGUGCACAGGUACUGUUCGGACAGACUGGGAUUUUCUGUACUAAAACCUUCCUUUGUAUCGAAAGUUAAACAGACUUUAGUACAAUAAAUAAAGGUCAAUUUCUGUAACUUGUUGUGGUGAAGAGGCCUGCAUUCAUUUAGUUUCCACCUUUCCCUGCUUCCUGCCCUCUCUUUGUUCCUACGUUUGAGGCAGCCUUCCUCCGCUGGGGCAGGUGGCUGGAAUUGGCCGCUGCGUGAGGUUCUCGCCAGCUCUCAUGAUGGUCAGGAGCCCCUCUUACCUGUGGCCUCAGC